ACAUGAUGAGCUCGGUCUCAGGCGUCAGUGUGCAAAAGCCAAACAUGCACCAGAACCUGCAGACUUCUGUAGUUCUGAAGACCCAGCAACAAUCCCACUACGACUCCCUCGCGAACACCGCCUCCAAAGAAGCCAACCUCAAAUUUGGCUCGUCGUCUCACACUCCAUCCCAGAUGUCCAACAGCGAGAGGAUUAAAGUGACCAACCCAAAGGUCCACCUGCAGCAGCAUGUUCAGUUUCCCAGUUUUAAAGUCAAAGAUGAAGUCCAGACAACUCAACUUCAGAAGGCAGAUGAAGCCCAACAAGGAGCAGAAACAGGAAGUGGGAGGCACGGCUCGGAGGCAAAAGCGUCACAGGAGGAAGCAGAGAAGGUGGACGGAUUUGGCUCUAAAUCACAUCUGUCUACUACUGUCUCAUCUACCUUAUCAUUAGUGUCAGGAACAGAACAAUCAACACCAACAGCCCAUCCACCAGCUAUCACUGCUGUCACAUAUACUGAGCUGUUUGCACCAACUUUACAACUCCAACACACGAAAUCUGCUCUUCCUGUGCCCGGCAGUGAAAACGUGCUCAAGUUUGGAGAACCUGUCACAUCCCAGGAUGAUGAAGCAGUAACAGGCUCUUCACAAACUGCCGAUGAAGAUCAACAGGCUGAAACUGGCUUCCGGUAUCCUCCUUUGUCUCAGCCUGUAGAGUUUGUAGAGAAUGAGGAUCCCACAGAGACUUCAACAUACACUUUAUCUGCUUCUGUUUAUUCAAUUUCUAUCAGUUCUUCCUCCACUUCAUCACCUGCUUCCUCCUUAUCAGCCCUCCUUCCAUCCACUUCUGCCUCAAGUCCCAGCUCCACACAGUCCGAUAUGAAAACACAGCUGCCUAAUGUUCAUUCAAACACCUCCUCCACCACCACUGAGCCAAGAUCUCACCGGACAGAACACCACAACGCCACCUCCAAACCACCUCCGCUGUCCCUGAACCUCAGCAGGCGACCCGUGUGCACAUACCCGCCUGUGCCCGCUCACGGGACCUUCUACUUUCGUAAUGUGGAGAAUCCAGGUCCAAGAGAGUACAGACAUUACAUCCAGUAUGCCUGCUACCCUGGUUAUACGCUGGCUCAUGGAGACGUACACAGCUACUGCCAGCAGGGGGACACCUGGAGCGGAGUCACACCUGUGUGUCUGGAGUUGACACCUUGCUCAGUGAACAACGGAGGCUGUUCCCAGCUGUGCUCUCACUCCCAGCACCCUAACCAGACCCAGACCAGAACUCAGUGCCACUGCAGAGCUGGAUUCACUCUGCUGGAUGAUGGGCGGACGUGUCGAGAUUUAGAUGAGUGUGUGGAAGGGCAGCACCAGUGUCAGCAGAGGUGCAUCAACACAUUUGGUUCCUAUAAGUGCAGCUGUGAUGACGGCUAUCAGCCAGCUCAUGACCAGACCUCCUGCACAGAUGUGGAUGAGUGCCUGCUGCCUGCAGCUGUAACCGCCUGUGUGUUUGGCUGCGUUAACACUCCCGGGAGCUUCCACUGCCAGUGUCCUGCUGGCUAUAGCCUUCAGACUGCCGACAGCCACUGCGAUGAUAUAGAUGAGUGUGCUGUUAAUCAGGGACUCGGGCCGUGUACCGAGCAGUGCCACAACUCACCAGGAUCCUACCGAUGCUCCUGCUCGUACGGCCGUAUCUUAGCCGGAAACGGGCACAGCUGCAUCGCCGAGUGUCCACCUGGAUACAGGAAGCAACCAACAACAACAACAACACCUGAGAAUUCAACUGCACAAGCUCUCAGGGAGGAGUGUGUAGAUAUAAAUGAGUGCCAGGAGGAAACGUGUGAGUGGCAGUGCAUCAACCUGCCAGGCUCUCACCGCUGCAUCUGCCCCAGAGGAUACACACUGCAAACAGAUGGACGACGCUGCAAAGACAUUAAUGAGUGCAGUCGGAAGAAUGGAGGGUGUUCCCACUUGUGUGUGAACCAGAAAGGUGUCUAUAAAUGUGCCUGCCCGGCCUCCCAUCGUCUCUCCCCCUACAGCUGGAAGAAAUGUGUGCCAAGGACAACAGCCAACACUGCUGGCUGAGCUGGAAGACACCUCAGUGAGGUCAAUACAUACAUACUGGUUGUGAGUCUGUACUGUUUGUUGUCCCUCUUCAUGUCUUCUCCAUGUGAAGACACAAGAAGUGACAUAUAAGCAAGUAUCACAACCAUUUUGACAUCAUCCUCAAACUGUGGUCUUCACAACCCAAAGAACCCAUGAGACUGGCUAACAACACAUGGCUGUAGAUAAGAACUCCCAGUGAAUGGUUACAUAAUAAACAUAUGAGCUGGCUGUCCAACUUGUUAAAGGGGACAUAUCGUGAAAAAUUCACUUUUCCAGUGCUUGUGCUCAUACAUUUGUGUAUCUGGAGUGCCUACCAACCCACAAACUGUGAAACA